AUGGAUCCUUUUACUGCUAUCGGCCUGGCUGGCAACAUUUUGACUUUUAUCGACAUCGGACUCAAAUUCGUAAGCCAAACCAAGGGGAUUUAUGACUCCCAAUCCAACAGCACCGCCGAAAAUGAUAACCUCAGCAUCAUGGCAACGCGAUUCACCUCAGCCAUGAGCGAAAUGCAAGGCAAAUUACCAAAUGGGAAUCUGAGCAAGGAUGAAAUAGCUUUGAAUGCACUCGUUGAAGAAUGCAGCAACAUCUCAGGCGAGCUUCAGAACCUCCUUGCAGAGUUGAAGGCCAAGAAGCCGAAGUCAAAACGAAGUAGCAUGAAGGCAGCGUUUCGCGACUGGAGAAAGAAGCCAGAGAAGGAUGAUCUUCAUAAGAGACUUGAAAGUUCCCGCCAGCAACUUGACUUGCUGCUGACGACAAUGACAAGAUUCGAAUCUCUGGAGCGACUCAACCAGUUGGUAGAAUAUGGCCAGACCAACGAAGUUGAAAUCACCUCUCUUCGCCGGAACAUAGAUGCCCUUCGCUCUGGCCUACGGGUCAAGAUCCUCAGCCCCGAGGCCCUGGAACAGAUCCGAGAUGUGGUCAGUCUGUCAGACCGUGCGACUUUGAAGGUGCGGGAGAGUUGCAUCCUUACUGCCUUGCGGUUCGAGUUGAUGAAUGAGAGAUAUGAUGACGUGGCCGAGGCCCAUGAUAAGACAUUCGAGUGGAUAUUUGACUCAUCCGAUGAGAACUUCAUCAACUGGAUCAAACACGGCAAUGGCAUCUUCCACAUCUCUGGAAAGCCAGGCUCAGGAAAAUCGACUUUGAUGAAGUAUCUCUGUCAUCGAGAGGAAACCAAGCAGUAUCUCGAUAUCUGGGCUGCAGACAAGUCGCUUGUUUUUGGCAAAUUCUUCUUUUGGAAUCCGGGCACAACGCUACAGAAGAGUUUGAGGGGUCUGAUUCGAGGCCUUCUCCAUUCGAUUCUCUCCAAUGCUCCAGAGCUUAUUCCUCUCGCCUUUCCCAAGCAUUGGGAUGCCACCCUCAGUAAGGUCGCAGUCACGUUUGAUUCCUCCGAUGAUAUUAUGCUCGCCUUUACCGAUCUGAUUCGCCGCGAUGCGGUCUAUCACAACCACAAGCUUGUCUUCUUCAUUGAUGGCUUGGAUGAGUUCCAAGGAGACCAUGCGACACUCCUUAAGGAACUCAUGCGAUGGAUAUCAACACGGCCUACAGGUGUGAAGAUCUGCGUGUCGAGCCGAGAGUGGCCCAUCUUCCAAGAGGCAUUCAAGACAUUUCCAAGUUUCCGCUUGCACGAUCUGACACGAUCUGACAUGUCAAGAAUUGUGCGAGACAGACUGACGAAUAACAAGCUUUACUUCAAGAUGGCAGGCCCGGACGAGCUGGCAUAUUUUGAGUCCGAUCUUGUGGAUAAAUCGGAGGGUGUCUUUUUGUGGCUCAAGCUGAUCUUGCACGGUAUCGAGGACGGCCUCCUCAGUGGAGAUAGGCUGCCACAGUUGGAGAACAAAGUCAACGCCCUUCCCACCGAGUUGGAUGACCUAUUUCAACACCUCCUGAACUCUAUUCAUCCAUGUGAUCGAAAGGAGGCAUACUUGAUGCUGGCAGUCGCCCUCGAAUGCCCCCCGGAAUCCGAUUGGCCCAUCUUCCGCAUAUCCUUUCUGGAAGAGUACAUAGAGAAUCGUGAUUUCGCUCUCAGUCAACAAAUAGAGCAACUCGAUGAUGACCAAAUAACGGACCGCUUGGAGCGAACCCGGAAGAAGAUCUAUGGCAAAUGCAAAGGGCUCCUCGAGAUACAGUUGGUGCAUCUUUAUGAGUGGCACCAGAUCUAUCGAACCAAGAUCGACCAAACCCUGAAAGAGUCCGUCAAAUUCACGCACCGAUCGAUCAUUGAAUUUCUUAAAAGCGACCAGACUAGGCAAAAACUGGCCGCCGACUUAAGAGGCCUCGAUAUAUUUGAUGCCAUGUGUCAGACAUUUCUGGCGCAUAUCCAAGCUGCCAAAAUCAACGAAUAUUACUACCAGGACCGCCAUGGAGCAACCAGUUCAUUGGAAAGUCAUUUGUCGAGUAUAUGUUUCAAGGAACGAGGCUACAGACUCAGCGAGAUCCACGGCAUUCCUGAAUAA